AGAACAAGACGGAUGCUAUCGAAAUAAGUAGAGCAAUGAAGUUACACAGAGGUAUAACGUAAAGUGCUGUUAGUAAGAAAUAUUUUUUAAGAACGAAGUUUUGCACUAUUACCAUGUCGAACUUAUUAUUACAGAAGACAACUGCUUCAAAGCGCAUCAAUUUGAUCUGAUUUGUCGAUUCAAAGUAGAUUUGGAAGUCCACCUAUCCAAUUAUUUUGGCACCUGUGUGUCGUUAAUGAUCUACGGUUCUACUCUUAACGGUUUCGGAACUCGUACUUGUGACGUUGAUAUGAGUCUAUCCUUCCCGCUUGGACCACCAAAAGGAAAGGUGAUUGUGGCAAAAGCACUUGUCGACUAUCCCAAUGCCCGUGACGAACAGUACAUUUGCGCCAAGGUUCCGAUUGUGCGGUUUCGUGGCAAAGACGGAGGCAUUAAGGCUGACAUUUCAUAUCGAAACGACUUGGCCUUGCACAACACUAAACUUCUUCAUCAGUACUGUAAGUGGGAUAGGGACCGCCUGCCAACGCUUGGAAUCUGGGUGAAGACAUGGGCGAAACGCUGUGGUGUCGGUGAUGCGUCCAAGGGCUCCUUAUCUUCAUACGCAUGGAUUCUCAUGCUGAUUCAUUAUCUACAACGUACCGAGCCUAUUAGAAUGUUGCCAUUUUUACAGCUCGUAAACACUGAGAAACGAUUAAUCGUCAUUUUAAGUGGAUUUCAGGUUCUUCACUCUCAAUGCAUCGCUGUUAGUACUUUUGAAUUGUUUGUCGGAUUUUUGGAUUACUUCUCCACCUAUUUCCAGUACGAAAGACAUGUAUGUUAUAGACCAAGGAAUUGCAGAUGGCCUCGAUGUCCAAUGGUAAUAAGCGAUCCGUUUGAACUUGAUCAUAAUCUCGCGCAGAGUGUUAACGAAGACAUGUUCCAAUAUAUCUGCUUAUGCAUGGAACAUUCUCAUGCAGUAUUCAUGGAUCAAAAUUUACGCGCUGAAUUUCUUGUUUCCAAAGGCUGUCCAAGAGGAACCGCUGACAAAGUCCAUAUGAACGACGACUUACUCCGAGAAUAUGGAGUAAGUCCUUUCGCAGAUGUACUUGCCACGUACGCCUAUGAAUACGUUCUCAUAACAAGUCUGUCCCAAAUCCGUUGUAGGUGUAAUGCUUAA